AUGUUCAUUUGUAAUGCUGCCUUAAGGAAUAAGGAGAUGAGAGCAAAUUGUUCCAGCAGCUCAGCCUGCCCUGCCAACAGUUCAGAGGAGGAGUUGCCAGUGGGGCUGGAGGUCUAUGGGAACCUGGAACUUGUUUUCACAGUGGUGUCAGCCGUGAUGACCGGCCUGCUCAUGUUCUCCUUGGGAUGCUCUGUGGAGAUCCGGAGGCUCUGGUCGCACAUCAGGAGACCCUGGGGCAUUGCUGUGGGACUGCUCUGCCAGUUUGGGCUCAUGCCUCUUACUGCCUAUCUCCUGGUCAUCAGCUUCUCUCUGAAGCCAGUCCAAGCUAUGGCUAUCCUCAUCAUGGGGUGCUGCCCAGGGGGAACCAUCUCUAACAUUUUCACCUACUGGGUUGAUGGAGAUAUGGAUCUCAGCAUCAGUAUGACAACUUGUUCCACAGUGGUUGCCCUGGGAAUGAUGCCACUCUGCCUUUACCUCUACACCUUGUCCUGGAAUCUUGAGCAGAAUCUCACCAUUCCAUAUCAGAACAUAGGAAUUACCGUUGUGUGCCUGACCAUUCCUGUGGCCUUUGGUGUCUAUGUGAAUUAUAGGUGGCCAAAACAAUCCAAAAUUAUUCUUAAGGUUGGAGCCAUUGUUGGUGGGGUCCUCCUUUUGGUGGUUGCAGUUGCUGGUGUGGUGCUGGCGAAAGGAUCUUGGAAUUCAGAUAUCAUUCUUCUGACCAUCAGCUUCAUCUUUCCUUUGAUUGGCCAUGUCACAGGCUUUCUCCUGGCACUUCUUACCCACCAAUCUUGGCAGAGUUGCAGGACGAUUUCCUUAGAAACUGGAGCUCAGAAUAUUCAGAUGUGCAUCACCAUGCUGCACCUAUCUUUCACUGCCGAGCAAUUAGUCCAGAUGCUUAGCUUCCCAUUGGCCUAUGGACUCUUCCAGCUGUUGGAUGGGAUUCUCAUUGUUGCAGCAUAUAAGAUGUACAAGAGGACACUGAAGAUCAAACACAGAAUAAAGAACCCCGCUUUAAGGGUAGAAGCCCGCUUUAAGAAGAAAUCCACUUCUCCCAAAGAGACCAGUGCUUUCUUGGAGGUGAAUGAAGAAGCUGCUCUAACUCCUGGGCCAUCAGGGCCCAUGGAUCUCCACAGGGCUGUCAUGCCAACUGGCCAGAUCUCAUGUGCCAAGUAG